AUGGAAACCUUGUUGGUGGUGCUCGAUGUGGUGUUUUACAGUACUUUUAUCAUUGGGUUAGGGUCCAUUCUGUUGGCCAAAUUACAGGCGCCUUUACUUCUGAAAUAUGGGAAGACACUGCAGGACGUCAAGACAUCGUCAAAAGGAUUUUCAGGUUAUCUGCAAACUCUUAGAGUGCCCAAACGCUGCUUCCAGCAUUUCUACUUUUAUUCUACAUUCAUAGCAGCACUCAAUCUAAGGCAAUCCAACACUGUUCUUGCCAUUUUAGUAUUCCUUCAUUCUAUCCGAAGGCUGUGGGAAACGCUUUUGGUCAACAAAUUCGGACAGAAUUCCUUCAUUCAUGUGUCGCACUAUUUGGUAGGCCUAUGGUUUUAUUCUACUGUUAAUUAUACAGUUUUCACGUACCAGGACGGUGAGCACUCUGUGUCGCUAUGGCUAAGACUUUUUUCCUUAUUAAUGUUCGCGAUGGCCUCGUGGGAUCAGCACCAAAACCACUGUCACUUGGCCCAAUUGCGGAAAUACACCCUCCCCACGUAUGGACUUUUUAGGGUUGUGGGGAGUCCACACUACUUAGACGAAGUUGGCAUCUACUUGGCCUUGGCCAUGUACACUAACUCCUUCAAAAUGUGGUUGUGUGUGGUGUGGGUGAUGGUCAACUUGACAAUCUCAGCGCUGGAAACAAGGUACUGGUAUCGGCGAAAGUUCCCAGCUACUGCUCCUAGCUAUGCUAUUAUCCCGUGGGUGCUAUAG